AUGGAAGCCUGGCUGCUGAGUGUCAUCCUGGGCAUUUUCACAGUGAUCCAGGCACAGGUGGAGGCGGCCAUGGUGGAACUAGAUAGGCAUAAGCUUAUAGGAUUCUGGCGGGAGGUUGGUGUGGCCUCUGACCAAAACCUGGCGCUGAAGUCCCCGAAAAGGGUGGAGGGCUUGUUUCUUACUGUGAGCGGGAGUUAUCUGACCGUGAAGAUUGCAUAUAACAACUCAGGAAGCUGUGAGACAGAAAAAAUAGUGGGCUCAGAAAUAAACGUUUCAGGGAAAUUUGCUUUUCCUGGCCACAGAGAGAUCCAAGUGCUUGACACGGACUAUGAGGGUUACGCCAUCCUGAAGGUGUCCCUGCUCUGGCAGGGCAGGGAAUUCUACGUGGUCAAGUAUUUCACUCGGAGCCUGGAGGAGGAUUACCACCUGGGAUUCUGGAAGUUUCGAGAGAUGACAGCAGACACUGGCCUCUACCUGGCUGCCCGGCAUGGGAGGUGUGCUGAGCUCCUGAAGCAGAGGCUGGGACAGUCACCCCAUUUC